UCAUACAAUUCAUUCUAUAAUAUUUUCAAUUAAAAUUGUUUUAUCCGUUUGUUGUAAAAAAUUUUAACAAAAUGAAGUAUUCUUUAUUUUUAGUAGUUUUAUGUGUUUCAUACAUUAAUGCAAGAUCCGUUGAAACAUAUAAUGAAACUGCAAAUACACUCAACUGCCCCAUUUAUAAAGGUAUCCAGUUGGAACGCAAUAACUGGACACCUAUGCCAAUUGGAGAAUGUAUGAAAUGCAAGUGUAUAAAUGAUCUUGACGAUCCAAAUCAAAGUCGUGGAUGUUUAACAUGUCCGGAGUAUCAAUUAAAUAUUAUUCACGGUAGUCCAUGUUACAUAUCUAAAAUAGAUAACAGUUUGCAGUAUCCAGAGUGUUGUCCAAAAACAGUGUGCCCUCUAAAGAACAAUAAUAUUGAUAAUUAAUUUUUUUUUUUUUUU